AUGGCAGACCCAACUCAACUUAAUGCUGAAAAUGCAGACAACUUGGAAGAAAUCGAAAUGCAAUUUGCCGUAAAGGCAGUGCAACAAGCCGAAGUGUACUGGUCACUACUUGAAAAAGUGCCAGGAUCACAACUUCGUCUCACCAAGCAUGAUGAUCAAAUCUUUGAACAGCUUCUUGAAGAUUUCCCAGAAUUUAAGGAAAAAUCAGCUGUUGCCGUCAUUAGUGAGGACGAGAUGAAGAGUCCUCUGGGUAAGACCAAAUGGAGAGAAUUUUGUGAAAAAUUUAAAGAUAUCGAGGAUUACAACUUCGGAACAUUAUUGAGAUUGAAAGCUGACCUGGAGUAUGACCAGGACACAACAAUGUUUGCUGUUAGAAUCCAAUUUUACGGGAUUGAAAUUGCUAGAAACAGAUACGGUUUGAAUGACUGGAUUCAUGAAGCUGCUGCAAAGAAAAAAGAGGCAAGCAGUUGA